AUGUUAGUUCGCGCCGCGAUUUCAUCGCGAAAGUUGACUUGGGUAGCGGAAACAGAAACAACUCCAAAUGGUUUGGCCGAUCAAUUUAACCAAACGCUCAGUGACUCUCUUGAUCUACCAGUAAAACGGCCAAAAUCGAAUGCAAAUGAAGAACAGGCAUCCGACAAAGAGGAUAUUGACGAUGACGACGACAAUAUUCAAAUGACUUAUUCAAAAGUGGCAACAACUUCUAAAGUUACUCAUGAACAGGGUAGAGUGGAGUGGGGUAAAUUGGCACGAAAUUCUACCACCUUGCAGUAUUUUAAUCGUAAUUCUCUUAAUUUUUG